CAUAUGCUGCAUAUCGUAUGGAGGUAGUACUACAGGAAGAUGGCGGAAGCAGCGCAGAACAACGUGAAUAGGGAGAACUUGACUAUCGACUUAGACGUUCCGGCAGAGGCUAGGGGAACCCCCGAAGGUCAGGAGGGAACAUUUGGAGAUGUGGAUGUCGAUUUUGAGGAAGAUGAAGAGUUGUCACUGGCUCAAGACGAUGCAGAAAUGGUCGCAAAUGCCCAACUGAAACUGUGCUCCCCAUCUGAUGAGUCCAUGCCAGGCGGUGGAGAGGAGAGCCAGGCUACCAGCUCGGCAGAAGCCACGCCCUCUGCUGAAAACACUGAAACAAUCGACGUCGUGCAGGCGGAGGACACGUUUGAAGAUAUCGCAAAGCAUAACAUCAUACAAGUGGCAGGUGAUGACAAUGUCGGCAGGAAAUUGGUUCUGUUUUAUUGUUGCCGCCUUCCGCCAACAAAAACGUACAACACUUCCAGGUUACUCGGAUUCCUGAAGUACACCCUCGACCAGUAUGUUGAGAGUGAUUACACCCUUGUUGUGUUCCAGUACGGACUGGUCCACGCCAACAGGCCCAAUUUCAACUGGUUGACCCAGGCUUAUCAGAGUUUGGACAGAAAGUUCAAGAAGAACUUGAAGGCCCUUCUCAUAGUGCACCCUUCCAACCUGGUCAAGGUCUUCUGGGGCAUCUUCAGGCACCUAGUCAGCAGCAAGUUCAGUCGCAAGGUCAACUAUAUCCACCUCCUGAGCGAACUGAAAGGGUUGACAGACCUUGAGCGACUGGCCAUUCCCCAGACAGUCCUAGAGCAUGAUAAACGAGUGAUUGAGCGUCGUAAGGGGAAGGGACAGCGGUCAGCUGUAGAUCAAGACACGACGGCAAUCGACGCCUCAAAUAAGGCCCCUCCCAAAACUCAACAGUUUGGAGUGUCGCUGGACUUCUUGGCAGAGAAUGAAGGUGGAGAUCCAAUCCCCAAAGUCAUCAGACAAACAGUGGCCACCAUACAAAAACGAGGUUUGGAGACGGAAGGAAUCUUCCGACGUUGCCCCAAUGCCAACACAAUCAAGGAGGUUCAGCGGAUGUACAACGAGGGUAAGGAGGUGGACUACAAUGCCUUGUUGGAUGUACACGUUCCAGCUCUAAUCCUCAAGACAUUCUUCCGGGAGCUCCCCGAGCCUAUCAUGACCUUUGAGCUUUACGAUGAAAUCAUGAAUAUGCACGAUCUUCAAGACAACGAUGCCAGAAUAGCAGCCUGCCGAAGUAUCAUUUGUGAGAAGCUUCCCGAGAGGAACUACAUCAUCUUACAGCAUUUGAUGGACCUGCUACACAAGAUUUCAGAAAAUAGUGACAAGACCAAGAUGUCUGCCGCCAACAUCUCCAUCGUGUUCAGCCCCAACCUGGUCUGGCCUCGGAGCAAGGCCAUGUCUCUGGUCUCUCUUGCCCAAAUCAACUCCUUCGUCGCGACACUGUUGUACCACUAUGACGCCAUUUUCACACGGGAGGUUGCUGAGCAGCGGAGAGUGCCGCCCACCCGCGACCAUGACGACACAGGAGGGGUGACGCAGGAGACGACACCUGAGACGCACAGUGAGGGGCAACCCAAGGCGAAUGGUUCAGAGGUCGCGAAUGGAAAUGAUGCUGUGGAGAGUUAAGCAAAUUUUCCAUCUUGCUCACUUCAAUAAUCAUCUAUUCUGAAAGGUGUAAUGCUAGUCUCAUAUUCUUGGAGAAGAUUUCUCUUUUCGAUCAAUUUUUAUAUCUUCUGUGAGCAGGUUGGUGCCUGUUGAUCGCUUGUAAUGGGCCAUUCACUUAGCGUCCUGACUUCAGGGGAUCUAUCGGAGGGUGCCUUGAAGAAUGAUGAAAUGGUUAGGUGUAUGCGUUUCACGGAAAUUGAACCAGGUGGCAGGGAAAUAUUGUAGUAGAAAUCUUCAGUGGUGAAUAACAGAGAUGUUGUGUGGUUGGAGUCAG